ACGAGCAGGAAUGCUUGUCUGACAAAGGGAUGCGCCUGCGGAACCUAAAGUAGAGAUUUCCACCCAUAGUUGAUGUACUUUGCUGAUCAAUCGAGCCAGGCAAAGGAGGACCUCCAGGGACCCGCGGCAGAAGCGAAGGCGAAGCCAUUCCUUCAACCCGCGCCCGACAACGACACUUCCUGCAUGACGUUCGACCGGGGCAGUGAGCGCUGCGUUGGGACUAGGUACUACUGUACCAACGAUAUCAUGAAGUUCCCGUACACCGAUGAGGAUGGCAGUGUCUACAAAAGCGCUGCUGAGUGUCUGGUGCAUCCACGCAAUGGUCUGACAACCCACGGUAGCAUUCAGAACAUGUGGGUCCAGGAGGAAAGCGGGAGAGUGUUCCAGGCGUGUCCAAAUGUGUCUGUUAUUAUAUUAACCCCCUGGCGGUAGAUUCAACAUCUGGG